AGAGAGAGAACUAGAUGAACAGGAUCUCCCUGCCAGACAGUAGGUGUUAGAUUGAGAGACAGUCCAGUGACAGGCAGGGCAGGUCACUGGGCUAGAGACAGCUCUCAGUGAGAGUCAGCAGAGAGUUCCUGGAGAGACAGCCCACAGUGACACAUGGCAGAGAGACAUGAAGAAAGAGGGAAACGGCUCUCUUACUGCUAAUGAUUAGCGGGAGCUCCGUACUAACGGGAACCGGCUGGGAGAGCGGUCACAACAGGCUGCAAGUGAUCCCUGACAGCUGCUAGAUCGCUGUGACAGAUCACCCGGAGCGAUCCCCGCAGAGAUCACACAGCGAUCCCCAGAAGACCUCACGCAGACCCAGGUCGCGGACAGAUCACCGGGGCUCUCGCUGCACACACCCCGCUGACGGGCUCCAGCUCGGGGCGGUGUCACAUGGAAGUGGUCCCCGGAUCGAGUGCCUUCAGUUAGAACGGAGCGGACCGGCCAGCCACCACCAUUAUCGUGCAUUACUGGAACCAAUGGCGUACACCCACACAAACUCUCCUGUCGGCCCGGCGGGGUCUCAGUACUGCGUAUGUAGAGUGGAACUCUCGGUAUCUUGCCAAAACCUUCUAGACAGAGAUGUUGCAUCCAAGUCUGACCCAUUUUGCGUUUUAUUUUUGGAAGUCAAUGACAAAUGGACUGAGAUUGAUAGAACUGAGACGACAGUAAAUAACCUAAACCCCGUAUUUGCCAAAAAGUUCACCAUCAACUAUCACUUUGAAGAGAUUCAGAAGCUCAAAUUUGCCAUGUUUGAUCAAGAUAAAUCAAGCACACAACUUCACGAGCAUGACUUCCUUGGAGAAUUCUCCUGCACUCUUGGAUCGAUCGUUUCCAGCAAGAAGGUGACGCGACCUCUGGUUUUGGGUAACGGGAAGCCAGCGGGAAAGGGAGUCAUAACGGUAAUUGCUCAGGAGCUGUCUGAUAAUAGAGUGAUAACACUCGGUAUGGCUGGGAGGAAGCUAGACAAAAAGGAUCUGUUUGGGAAGUCUGAUCCGUUUUUAGAGUUCUACAAACAAGGAGAUGAUGGGAAGUGGAUGCUGGUCCAUAGGACGGAGGUGAUAAAAUAUACCCUGGACCCCGUUUGGAAGCCUUUUACUGUUCCCUUACAGUCUUUGUGCAACGGUGACAUCGAAAAGCCAAUAAAGGUUGUAUGUUUCGACUACGACAAUGAUGGUGGACAUGAUUUUAUUGGAGAGUUUCAAACCACAGUGCUCAAAAUGUGCGAAGCCCGUGAUUCCAUAGCUGUAGAGCUUGAAUGCAUCAAUCCAAAAAAACAAAAGAAAAAAAGAAGCUACAAGAACUCUGGAGUAAUUAUCAUCAAAUCUUGUAAGAUCACAAGGGAUUAUUCUUUCCUCGACUACAUACUUGGAGGAUGCCAGCUGAUGUUCACAGUCGGGAUUGACUUCACAGCAUCAAAUGGAAACCCACGAGAUUCCUCGUCCCUGCAUUAUAUCAAUCCUAUGGGGACUAAUGAAUAUCUCUCCGCGUUGUGGUCGGUUGGGCAAAUCAUUCAGGAUUAUGAUUCAGACAAGUUGUUCCCUGCGUUGGGAUUUGGUGCACAGCUACCCCCUGACUGGAAGGUGUCUCAUGAAUUUGCAAUUAAUUUCAACCCAACUAGUCCAUUCUGUUCAGGAGUUGAAGGGAUUAUAGAAGCGUACUCAUCCUGCCUGCCUCACAUACGUUUCUACGGACCAACCAACUUUUCCCCGAUAGUUAAUCACGUUGCACGCUUUGCAGCCCAAGCUACUCAGCAGGAAUCGGCAGCGCAAUACUUUAUCCUUCUUAUUAUAACUGAUGGUGUUAUCAGUGACAUGGACGAAACACGGCAUGCCAUCGUACAGGCUUCCAAGCUUCCGAUGUCCAUUAUAAUAAUCGGCGUUGGGAAUGCAGACUUUUCCGCUAUGGAGUUCUUGGAUGGAGAUAACAGAGUCUUGCGCUCUCACACAGGAGAGGAAGCAUCGCGAGACAUAGUGCAAUUUGUACCUUUCCGGGAGUUUCGCACGGCACCUAAGGAAACUUUGGCCAAAGCAGUCCUUGCAGAACUGCCACAGCAAGUGGUAGAUUACUUCAAAAGCCACAAUUUGCCUCCUAUCAAGUCUGAUGCUCUAUAGCCACACGGGGCAAUGCGUGCUUCCUGCAAUCAGGCCAUUGUGUUACAAAUGAUAUCGUAUCCGAGAAGUUUUCUGGCCGGGGAACAAUCAAAACAUGCAAGAGAUUGUAACAUAUUGCUAGCAUCUUUUGCCGGGGUCCCCGCGGACUUUAAGGUGACAGCACAAUAGCAUUUUUAAGUUCCUUGUGUCCUCACUAAAUAAGACACCGGCCGUAUCGCGGAAAGACACAUUUAAAGUGGUAAUGCCCAGAAAUGAAAAA